ACAUAGAGUGACGGCCCAAGAACCAGACUAUUUGGACUAUUGAGAACGAUUUACUGGGCCAGCCCAAUAGUAUAAGCCCAUUGGGCUUAGGGCUCAGAACGAGCUUCUCAAACUGUAUUUUACUCUCGGUUCAGCCUAAUGAGGAAUGUGAAGAACAGUAACAUUCAUGGUGAUUUGACAUAUUUUGUGCUUUUUUUUUUCUUUUUCUUUUUCUAAAUUGUUUGAAUAUUGCUUGCUUAGGGUACUGCUUAUUACCCACAAAAAUCUUGCUUGUUGCCUUAAUUCAUGUUUUCCUUCCUGUCUUUAGUCUUUACUCCGUUCUCCUCUGUUUCUCCUCUUCAUUUAUGCCUUCGUCUUCAAGUAUUCAAUACCAUUGCUGGUCUUCACUCAACGACCACAUCAAACUCUUUUCCUGCUCCACCGCUGCUGCCCCGUGACCGCCCGCUUGUUCCUUCAAGCUUUCACUUCCCUUAAAGGAAAAAAAGGGAAAAAUCAAGCUCGAGUUCUGACCCAAGCGUGCAGAAACAUGGGCUUCAAUCCAAGAACUGGCUGAUGGGUUACCAGACCUGUCAAAUUUAGAAUUGAGUGCUUCGCUGAUCAGUUGUUGCAUUCGGAAUUUGCAUUUCUGGCUCAUCGAAUUUCAUUUCAUCUGAUGCUCUGUCACCCAUUUGAGAUAAAUUGCUGCGAACUUGUGGUAUUUUUUUGUUUUAUUGUUUUCCCACCGUGACCCUCGGUUUCGUUUUCUAUGGCUCGUAUCUGGGCACUGUUAGAUAAGGGAUAAUGAAACUUGGAAAUUUGUGUGUUUAUUAUUCCGAGUAAGGGAUUGCUUUUCUUGUAAAAACUUUUUAUGAGUGGUCUUAUCCAUGUGGAAGUAAUGGUUGGUUUCUGUUAAGAGCAGUGCUAUUAAAUUUCAUCCGAAUGAUGCAGGACGCCUUAGGUGGAAUAGGAGAAGAGAAAAUAAGAUAAUGUUUAAGCGGGAAAAAGAUAGCAUGCUCCAUUAAUUCUCAAAUCAUAUCCUAAUCAUAUAAACUAGUAAAGAGUACAUGUAGCAGAAAACUAAGAUAGCAAAGAACUCAAAAUUAUAGUUGAAUGAUAUCUAGAUGAUGCAGGACACCUCUGGAUGUUUUCAAUAUCUAUGAUUUUGAGGCUUGAAAUUGCUGUACUUAUUAUGGAUGGCGUGUCCAAGAGUAGGCUAGUAUGAAAAUUUCCUCGUGCUUCUUGGGAAUGGGAUACUAUGUAGCACCUGUAAUAUCCCCCUUCCCUUCUCCGGUGAGGAAGUAAUCAUCUAAGUUAGCCUCAUAAAAUUGACAGGGUUAAUUUUUACAUUUACACCAUUUCCACAUCACAAUGUCGAUAAUGAUAGUUCUUCUAUUAGAGAACUAACCCUUUCACCAAGUCUUCCAAUCAUGAGUAUGAUAUUCUGGUAAUUUUUGGCCUAUAUAUACUACUGGAAAAAAUGCAUAUCUUUCUCCACUAAUUGUGACAAGAAAUGUAAGCAUAUGCACUGUAGUGUAUAUAUUUGUGAUUAUUCUCUUCACUUUUGUGACUGCUUAUGACUAUACAGUUGUUGAGUCACACUCAAUAUUGCAGAUUGCUAGGAGUUGGAGUUUGAUAGCUACAUCUUGAUGGCUAUUGUUGAAUCGACACUCGAUCUUCAGGUACAAGACCCACCUGAGGAAGAGUUCUAUUCGGCUGAUUUGACUUGGACCAAGUUUGGCACUGUUGAACACCAUGAUGAUGUGGCUUUGAUUCCUUAUGCCCGAGUAGAUGCUUUUAUAAUUGGUGAAUGUACUAAUAUAGAGAACCCAACGCGGUUUCAUAUUGAGAGGGGACGGAAACGGUCAAGGGGAAGCUUGAAAGAGUUCAAGGAUGACGAAUAUUUGGAAUAUCGACAAUAUUGGUGCUCAUUUGGUCCUGAAAAUUAUGGGGAAGGUGGAAGUAUUUUACCUAGUAGAAGAUAUAGGCUUAACACUCGAAAUCGUGCUGCUAGACCUCAAUCAAUGCGAGGUUGCACCUGUCAUUUUGUUAUAAAGCGGCUGUAUGCUCGUCCAUCUCUGGCACUUAUAAUAUAUAAUGAGAGGCGUCAUGUGAACAAGUCUGGCUUUGUUUGCCAUGGUCCACUUGACAGAGAUGCCAUUGGCCCCGGUGCAAAAAAGAUCCCAUAUAUUUGUAAUGAGAUCCAACAGCAAACAUUGUCAAUGAUUUAUCUGGGAAUUCCUGAGGCAAACAUUGUAGAGAAACAUCUCGAGGGUCUUCAGAGAUACUGUGGUUCAAAUGCAAAAGCCAGUAGUCUUGCUUCCCAAUAUGUUCACAAACUUGGGAUGAUCAUCAAACGAUCAACCCAUGAGCUGGAUCUAGAUGAUCAAGCUAGCAUUCGCAUGUGGGUUGAGCGCAAUGAAAAAUCCAUAUUUUUUUAUCAGGAUGCUUCAGAAGAAAAUCCUUUCAUUCUUGGGAUUCAAACAGAAUGGCAAUUGCAACAGAUGAUUCGGUUUGGCCAUCGUAGCCUCAUUGCUGUUGAUUCAACGUUUGGCAUAAAGAGGCUGAAGUAUCCCCUGUGUACACUUCUUGUGUUUGAUUCUAGACAGCAUGCACUCCCUGUUGCAUGGGUUGUCACUCGUAGCUUUGCAAAAUCAGAUGUAUCCAAAUGGAUGAAAGCUCUGCUUGAUCGUGCUCGUUCUGUAGAGCCUGGAUGGAAAAUUAGUGGGUUUUUAAUUGAUGAUGCAGCCACGGAGAUUGAUCCUAUCAUGUACAUAUUUUGUUGUCCUGUGCUUUUUUCCCUUUGGCGCAUUCGUAGAUCAUGGCUAAAAAAUGUUGUUAGGAAAUGCAAUAGAAUUGAAGUUCAGAGGGAACUAUUCAAACGACUUGGGAAAUUAGUGUACAGCGUUUGGGAUGGAGUUGAUACUUCUGUUGUCUUGGAAGAGCUCACCCGAGAUUUUGUUGACCAAACUGCUUUUAUGGAAUAUUUCAAGGGUUCUUGGGUGCCAAAGAUUGAGAUGUGGCUUUCAGCAAUGAGAGCUCUUCCACUUGCAAGCCAAGAGUCAUCUGGUGCUAUUGAGGCCUAUCACGUGAAGCUGAAGGCAAAACUGUUCGAUGACUCUCAUCUCGGUGCUUUCCAGAGGGUAGAUUGGUUGGUUCACAAGUUGACCACUGAAUUGCAUUCAACCUACUGGCUAGACCGCUAUGCAGAUGAAAGUGAUUCAUUUCAAAAUGUCAAGGAGGAAUAUAUUUCUUCUACUUCUUGGCACCGUGCGCUGCAGAUUCCAGAUUCUUCAGUUACCUUGGAUGAUGAAAAUCAUCUUUCUGCCGAAGUUUUGAGUCAAAAUGACAGCAGUGUUUCACGUGUAGUGUGGAAUCCUGGGUCAGAGUUCUCAUUUUGUGAUUGUUCAUGGUCAAUGCAAGGAAAUCUUUGCAAACACGUGAUUAAGGUGAAUAUGGUAUGUGAAAAUUGCCCAAGUUACAAACCUUCCAUGUCUUUACAAUCAUUUGAGGAGAUAUUGAUGAAUAUGUGGCAAAUACCAAUGGAUGAUUCUGUUGCCUUGGAUGUGUCAAUGGCUUGGACCCAUCAGAUUCUAGACCAAAUUCAGAAACUAGUUGAAUUGAAUUCUUCAAAUGAUAUUAGCUCUAUGGUAAAUAAGCUGCCUUUGAAAUGGGCAUCUGGGAAGGGAAGAACCAGUUUCAGGAAACCAUCAUCCACCAUGGCUGUUCCACCGGAUCCCAAUACUGUCAAAAAGGCCCUGCCAAAGAAGAACCGUAAAAGGAAAAGAUUGUCAAGAAUAGGAUAAAUUGCCGAACGCAUUCGCUAUUUUUUCUUUGCACGCGAUUCGGACUAUGAAAAUUGGGUUUAAGAAUGAAGUGCAUGCAUUCGUUGCAGCGUGAAUGUCCACAUGGAGGCGUUAUUCAAGUCUCCCAGUUGAGGUUAGACUUUGACUUAAUUCUAAAGCAUUCAAAAUUCUGUCUGGCCUUCUGCACUAUGUUUACAUAAUUUAUGUUUCAUCUGUUCAGGUCCUUUAGAUACAAUUUUGUUUAGGAGGGAACAUAUAUUCCGUUAGGAGUUUGAUGCUCUGGAAUCUUGCAGGAACAUUUAUAUAGAAAACAUUGUUAAUAUGAUCAUUUCAAAUACCGUGUUCGUUUUAGGUAUGCUAGAGCAUGAGUAGCAUUGUUCAGUUGGCUGAUGUAAUGUGGUCCACUCCAGAAACUGUAAACUCUGAUCUUAUCAGUGGUUGAUUUCCUGGUUUUUGCCAUCAUAUUGAAUGGAAAACAGAUUUAUGUAAAAAUUA